AUCACCAACCGUCGACAGAUAGAUUAAGGGUUACCCGUAAACCGAAUGCCCCGCCAGAAAUACAAAAGCCGAUCGUUUCAAAAACCGUCGUUACGCCUAUUAUCAUCCGAAACACUAAAGCGAACAGGAUGAAAGAAGCUGUGACUAAGAAGCAAAUACAAGCCACGAAGCGACAAAGCUACGUGCCGCCCACCAAGGAACAAGUGUCCCAAAAGCAGCCCUUAAGCCGGGAGGUGUCCAAGGUUUCGUCCAAGUCGAACCUGCGCUAUUCAAAAUCAAUAAAUACAAAAACGAGUAAGAUAACCCAGCCUCUACGGCGAACUAGAUUUGCAUCAACCCCUACUAUAAUAAAGGAAAAUUCAGUUAUGAUCCCACAGAAGCGAAAAGUGUACAUUCCUCCUUAUUUGGAGAAAAUGAGUAAAAAGCAGCAGGUUUCACAAAAAUCUAGCAUUAUCCAAACUAAAUCAGAUAGUAUGUCAAAUCUGUUAAAUGUAAAUAACGAACAGAUAACGCUGGAACCAUCACAAUCGAAAGUUGACGAUCUGUUAUCGACGUUGUUAAAAGUCUCCAUGAAACCUGCAAAGGACUUAAAUUAUGUUGUGUAUCGGAAUGAAAUGGAGACAUCUCAUUGCAGUACUGCAGUAGAAAAUAUACCCGUUACAGCCGGACCUAGUAGCAACGAAGAUGUUUUAAGGCGCAAGCUCAGUAAUCUCAGCAACAACGACUCUGCCUACUCGUCAAACAACAGCGCCUCGAUCGCGUUAAAUCCAGUAAUUACCAAUCACCAACCUUUCCAAUCGAAUAGGAAAACAAGCAUCAUAAAACCAAUAAAGUCCAACAUAUCACGCAAAGGGACAAAUACCAAAAUGGUUUCUAGGAUUAAGAAGUUAGCCAAUUUAAUGUUUUCGAAAAAAUCACCCACGAAUAUUCAUGAGAACUUAUCGAAACGCUCUAUCAUACCUCAAAACUGUUCCAAAAUGUAUCUAAAAGUUGAUUUAUUAGUAGACGACGAAGAGAAUAAUGAAUCGAGUGAAGAGUCAAGUAUGUCCAGUGCUACUAAACACUUUUUAGAAAGUUUGGAGAGCGAAAAUAGACCAAGUCCAAAAGACCAAAACGACGGAGGAACGAAACAAGACUCAAAAACUACUUUAGUAGUUGAUUAUAGUGAAUCAAAUACUCAACCUGAACCUGGCUCUAAACCUGAAUCGAGUUUAGAAUGUAAUGCAAAAAGUGAACCUCAAGCAUUAAACACGACAAAUGUAAUCACAUCUUCAGAUAAAAUGUCUCUCAAAAUAUUAGACAGUGAUAUGCUGUCUAAAGCGAUGGACAUUACGAAUGAAUCCAUAGCCGAUAGCUGCAAUGAUAUUUUAGUUGGAAUAUCUAAAGCGGUGGACAUUACGAAUGAAUCCAUAACCGAUAACUGUAAUGAUAUUUUAGAUGAAAUGAGGGAAUUAUUAGAAGAAUGCUUGAACUUCAACGUUACGCCAGAAGCGGAUUUAAACAAAGUUUCUGAGGAUGCUGAUAUAAUAGCUUCUGAUAUUGAGAAUGUUACUCCUAUUGGAUCUGAGACGUACGAGACAAGCAGUAGUUUUUAUCGAACAUAUGACGCCGGGUCGAUGAUAAGCCUGACGCGAAGUUUCACAGAUUUCUCUCAUAAGUCGCUGCCGUCACGUUCGAAAACUUCUGAGGUCCUUACGGAUGAAAGUUGGUACAACAUCGCUCCUUCCAGGCCAGAAAGCGAAAUCCUAUCUGAAAAUAAGGAUACUAUCAGCGUAACUCAGAAACCGAAGGCUGGUCACGCGUUCAGCUCUUUCUCCGUGAACGCUCAACCGAGCCCGUUCAGGCAACAGCCAGACUACGUGAACCUCGUCGACUCUGAGACGGGGAGUGUUGCGCAGGCGGGCAGACGAGCGACCUCUGAAGAAGUGUUGAUGUCCGGACGUUCGUCAGAGAGCUACGUGUCCUGUGCUGUGGAGGAAGAGGCUUCGAUCCCGAGUUGGUUGUAUAACCUCAGUCAGCAGCCGUCGGGCAGUUUCUCGUCGAGUCGGCACGCCGUCCUUCCCGAAGUCGUUCCUGAACGGGACUUUGACGUGAACGGCAACGAGCUGACAGUUCACGGCGCGGGCGCGGGCGACGGCUGUGGGAUCCACAGCGACCAAUCACAGGACAGCUCCGGCCAGGGGACGUCAUUCAGUUCUACUACAAGUUCGACAGCUCAAAGCGAGUCCAUCGCGGUAGACCCAGGAUCGUUUCUGGCGGAUUAUUCACCGCCGGGAGAACGAGCACAUGCCUUAGAAAUGGCUCCACCAGAUGAAUCUAUUGAAACCUUAGACGUUGAAAAUUCCGAAAGUCAAAGCCGGCCUACAAACAGAAAUCGUAACCCACGUGGCGCACACAGAGUGAGCUUGCCGGCCAGCGAUGCCGACGUCAGCUCUAUCGACACUGACGUCCCCUCCGAUUAAAAUGUUUGUUUCUUUCCGCUGCCUGGGAAAGAAACAAACAUUUAUUACGGUCAAUUAGAAUCUUAGGCCACUGUAGAUAGAACCUUUUCACAGUAAACAUCUAAGUGACUUUUAAGGCAAAUAAAGCACAGUGUCAAUGAGACAGGGUUCUAGAGUGGCGUAGGAUUCAAAUUGGUUGACUGUAUAGUCAGCAUCGAUAUAUUGUCAGUUGUCACACACCAUAUAUUUAGUACCUUGACUGCUACAAUACAUUGAUGCUAACUUCUUAGAUAUACAGCGAUUCACCAAGGAGGGUGAAUGAAACGAAAUAUACAGAUAUCUCCGAUGUUUAUGUGACUUUCCGAUAUUGCCCUGUGUGUACGUUUAUCUGCACUGACAACUUGGCGAACGCACAACGUUCUUUUUAUUUCAUAUACUCUACUUAACAGUUAUCAUACGUGUUGGCCUAUUAAUGCAUGUCCAUUUGGUAAAUCGACUUAUAUUUAUUUUUUUAUUCAUGCGAGAUUUUUAAUUGGAAUUCGUCUGUCCAACAAGCAUAUCUAUGGCAUAAUUUCUAAGCAUUUAAUUACUUGAGUUUAGCGUAGACCAGUUUUAAAUUUAAACCGUAGCUUGAUAUUGCAACAAUAUUGUGAUGUUUAUAUUACGUUUGAAGUUCCAAAUAAAU